AACUGCAACUGUGGUAUUGAAAUGAGUAAACUCGACCCAUGCAGUAGGAAUUGGCAGCACUAGCACCCUCGGCGACGGCGAGUAUGCAAAUUGGCGCUUCGAUAUCGUUACCAGCCUGCCUGGUAAAACCAGCCAAUCGCAGAAUCUGCCAUUUUAUAUCCAAUCAAUUUAUCGGGGUUAGCUAUAAUGUCAUAUAGUUAAGAUAUUGGGUUCUUCAUAGGACAAGUUUAAACGGGAUACUUGUUAAAUAUCAACGCCAAGGGAAUUUCAAUACGUCAAAUGCAUUGGGACUCUUCGCGGUGAUUACAAAGCAUCUGUCCAUACGACUUUUUACGAAUCGUCUUUUAAUGAGAAUAUGCUUGAACCCCUUCAACUAUAUAAGGCGAUUUGAUAUUCUCUUUUUAUUCUUUGAAAUUCCAACUCACUCAGAGAUUUGAGAAUACAAAUCCCAGCACUUAUCACAUCAAGACUCGAUUGUUACAACCAUAUCAUAAUGUCUCCAACCAUUUUCGUCACAGGCGUUUCGGGCUACAUUGGCGGUCACAUUGUCACCGACUUAAUUAAGAAGCACUCUGAAUAUCAAAUUAUUACUCUCGUCCGCACCGAAAAGCAAGCCGAGAUAAUAAAGGCAACUUGGCCGACUGUCGAGACCAUCCUUGGAGACCUAGAUAACCUUGAUCUUCUAGUCGAGCAAGGCAAGAGGGCAGACGUAGUUCUGCAAUUGGCAUCUUCAGACCAUACCCCGGCAGCCAAGGCGCUCAUUGAGGGUCUAUCUCAUGGAAAGAAAGGUCGCUAUAUCCAUAUCUCCGGCACCGGGAUUCUCCAUGAUGUCACCAAUGGGUUUGGGAACCCAUCAUCCAAGAUCUACCAUGACGUUGCCGACAUCCUCGAGAUCACAUCAUUUGACAGCACACAUAUCCACCGCGACACCGACGCCGCUGUAAUCGCAUCGGGUGAGACGCUUGGCAUCUCCACGGCUAUUGUGGCGCCCUGCGUUAUCUACGGUAUUGGAAAGGGGCCCAUCAACAACCGUAGCGUUCAAGUUCCUGUCCUGGCUGAACAAACCCUUAGGCGUGGCCGCCCUUUUGCUGUCGGCGCUGGUAACAACAUCUGGGACCACAUUCACAUCUCCGAUCUCUCCGCUGCCUUUGGCCUCCUCGUCGAAGAAGCAUUGAAGCCAGCUGGAGGGGCAGCAACCUGGGGUGCUGAAGGCUACUACUUUGUCGAAGCUGGGGAGCACUCAUGGGCCCAGGUCGGACGCGAUAUUGCGGCCGUGGUCGCUGAGCGCGGGAUCAAGGUAGAGGCCGAGGUAGAGCAGUUAACGGUUCAAGACGCAGCGGCGGUGCAUCCAUGGGCGCCUAUAUUAUGGGGCGGGAACGCUCGGAGUAGGGCGCAGAGGCUACGGGCCCUGGGAUGGAGUCCUGUGGCUCCAUCGCUGAAGGAGAGUUUGGAGGAGAUCGUGGAUAUUGAGAUUAAGGCUCUCAAGUCAGAGUCUGCUUAAGAGGAUUUGGUUGUCAUUAAAGCGGUGCAUUAUCGAUUGAGUAAAGGCUGGGAUUUAGGUGUCACAAUAUAUAGGGGAUAGUUCCACUUACAUAUAGGCUCUCAAAACCAAUGGCAACAUCUCGCAAAUAUUUGGG